UCCACAUCGACGUUCUCAGUUGAUUCGAAAUUAUAAGGAAAUAAGCGGAUUGAAAGGUUAUUGGCUCUCAGCUACUGUCACUAUACUGCUCCUGUGUGCAGCGCUGUUACAAACAUCUGUACACAUCAGCAAACAGCAGUGAAACAGGAUAUUCAUUUAACGAAGCACCAGCCAGGUAGCUGCAUCACUGAUGUUGAUGAAAAAGAAAAGUCAUACGUGUUUAAUAUUGUCCAGUAUGGCCUCGUUAGUGCUGCUCAUGAUGGUGCUGUACGGCAGCAUCAGCAGACAACAGGCGGGUGUCUCUAGCCUCAGACAGGACUACCAGCUGCUGGGCAGACCGCUCUACAAGCUGGACCUCACCUGGCCUAAGAACCCGGAGCUCUUCACCGGGGAAGUGUUUGGAGCAGCUGUCAACCAGUAUGCUGGUGUGGUGUAUGUGGCACAGAGAGGCGACAAUGUGCCCAAGGUGCUGGUGUUCACCACAGAUGGAGAUUUCCUCAUGGCCUGGAACACAACCACCUUGGAGAUGCCUCAUGGGAUAUUUUUAGCCGAUGCUGCCACAUCAAACCCUACGGUCUGGAUCACGGAUGUGGGGAGCGGCCCGUACGGCCACAGCAUCAAACAGUACUCGCCCUCUGGAAACCUUUUGCAGGUGCUUGGUACACCAGGGAAGGCCGGCUCUUCGUUGACCCCUCUGCAGUUCGACCAGCCAGCUGAGAUCUUUGUGCAUGAGUCUGGGGAAAUGUACAUCGUGGAUGGUGACGGUGGGCUGAACAACCGCCUCAUCAAACUGUCAAAAGACCAAGAGGUGUUGUGGAUGCACGGAGAGAAAGGGCAAGGCUUGGCUCAGUUCUACAUCCCCCACAGUGUGACCGUGGAUAACGCCCAGAGGGUGUGGGUGGCCGAUAGAGGGAACAAGAGGAUCCAGGUCUUUAACUCCAUCACUGGGGACUGGCUGGGCACAUGGGGAAGCUGCUUCACUGAGGAUGCGCCCUAUUCUGUCCGCCUGACCCCGGACAAGAAGUACUUCGUCGUCGUCCAGCUCAACACCAAUCAGAUUUCGCUGCUUGAUGCACCACCGGUGGGUUUGAUUGGUCAGUGCAGAGUGGUCAGUGUGAUUCAGCUGGCUGACGAAGUCAAGCCUCACCUGGUAGACCUGGACCUGAAGACAGGGGCUCUGUAUGUAGCUGAGAUUGGAGCCCAGCAGGCCCAGAAGUUCACCCCCUUCAGUCUGGGUGAAAAUUUCCUGUAGAGGCACACUGGGCUGGGACUGGAAUGGCAUGAUUGAUCAGAAACACUGUGCCAUUUAUAAGCAUUAUCAUUUAUUUAGAAAAGGACUUAAAAUGUCCACAUGUUAGUAUUCUGUCAUUUGCAAUAUUAAUAUCCAAAACAAAAAAAUGCAAUUCAGCCAGUAUAGUAAACCUUAAUCAUUGAGUCAUGAGACGGCUAUGGUACCUUCUGACCAGACCUAUGUCUAUUGAUAAAGCAUUCAAUUGUAACAUAGAAUACAACAUAAAAAAUUGCUAUCACAAGACAGGACUGUCUUUAAGUGUUUUAUUGUAGAACAAAUGCAAAAAUGACCUUUUUUCAUUACAAUAAUUAGUUUCAAAGGAAUAGUUCAACAUUUGGGGAAAUAUGCUCAUUCACUUUCAGUCAGAGGUUGAGAUUAAAAGAUGCAGUGUUUCCCAUUAAGUAUCUAGACUGUGGUGAGCCGCCACGGUCUAGUUAAUCAAUGGCAGCCCACCACAAUCCCGCCAAAGUUUCAUAAUGAACCAAAAAUAUUUGAACACUUGUCAUACCAGCAUAAAAGAUCUCUAACUUUAAGAUGUUGAAGCUUGUGCUGCUUGUGACUUUGUUUUUGGGAGCCUCGCUGUGGCUGUAUGCAGGUUAAAUACAAGUAGCUUUGGCAACUAGCUGCUACUACCUAUAGGCAUGCUAAGCUAAGCAUCACUGCUCCAAGUUAACACAAAGUUGCAACAUCAGUCAUAUUUCACCGAUAAGGAGAGGAAUUACUGAAGAAUAGAGCAACAGUGUUAUACGUGUAGUAUCAUGUAUGACAUAAGAAGCUUAAAAUCCUCAAUUCAGUAGAAAUAAGUAGUGUACAAAAACAAUGUCUGAAAAUAGUUUAAAUAUUUGAUUAUAUUUGCCAUGUCAUCGCCAUUCAUAUGUAUACAACCAAUGUGUUUAUGGUUCAACUGUUUACUACAGCACUAAAUUGAGUGAACUAAAGAGCUCAAAGUUCUGAUCUAGCUCCUUAAUUUAGCUCUUAAAGUGCACCGGAUUGAUGCAUUCAACAUUUAAAUGUACAAGAUGUUCCUCCCAGAGGAUCCAAGUUCCACUCACCAAAAUCCUGUGGGAAACACUGACUGACACUGACUUCAGAGCCGAGCCUAGACUAGAAGCAGAGGCAAACAUCUGUCCUGGCUCUGUCCAAAAAUGUUCAAAAAAAUAUAAAUACCAGCAUGUCUAAAGCUCACUAAUGAACAUGUUGUAUAUAUUUGGUUUGUUUUUAUCUGGACCCAAACAGACUGUUUCCUGGCAAACAACAGUGUUUCCAUACGCCCAGUAGCCAUGUGCUGCAUAUCUGCCUCCACUGUUUGUAUAGAUAUAAUAAAACAAGCUAUAGAGGUGUUUGAACUUUGGACAGAUCCAGACUAGCCCCCAUGGUACAUCACAUCAUCAGAAGUUUUGCAUUGCCUC